AACAUCUCCGUUAUAUAACCCAUCUUCCAUUACCCCUAAGCCUUGCAUCGAUCGUUCAACCAUUAAAGCAUGGCAUUUGCGACAAAGUUUUUGGUUAUCAUGGCGUUUUCUUUGUCUGUCUUCAACACAGCUGCGUUGAAACAGAAGGUGACUCGGAUCCAGUUUUACAUGCAUGACAUUGUCGGAGGACCCCAUCCGACCGCCGUCCGCGUCGCCGGACGCUCGAACUUCACGGGCCAAGACCCCAUGGAGGCGGCGUUCGGGUCCAUUUCGGUGAUCGACAACCCGCUGACGGUCGCCCCGAACAUAAACUCGACGUCGGUGGGGCGUGCUCAGGGGAUUUACGCCAUGUCAUCGCUGGAACAAGAGUGGAGCCUUCUUAUGACGCUUACGUAUGCUUUCACCGCGGGGCCUCACAACGGCAGCACUUUCAGCGUCCUCGGUCGGAACCCGGUGAUGAAAGAAGAGAGAGAGAUGCCGGUGGUCGGAGGCACAGGAAAGUUCAGGCUGGCUCGUGGGUAUUGCCUGGCUAGGACUUACUCGAUGAAAGAAAUGGACGCAGUCAUCGGAUACAAUGUUACUUUACUCCACUAUUAGUCAUUUCGAGAGAAGUAGCAUAUAGUUUUGUUUUCUUUCUUUCCUGCCAUUGA